AUGGGAAAAGAGAAGUCCAAAUUUCUUUCCUUCCCUCGCUUUAUUCUUCCUUCAUACCCCGAUAAACGGCGGGUGGGUCCCUCCACCCCACCUAGCUCUCCAGAUUCCCCACACUUAUCACCAAGCUCAGAGAAAUACUUGGAUGGUCAUGUCUCAUACCUACGCUGUACUGGAUGCGCCGCACACAUUUGCCUGACAUCCCAGAUUAUCAGCAAAGGCUUCACAGGCAGAUAUGGUCGCGCCUAUCUCGUGUCCGCAGACCUGACUAGUUCGGUGUCUGUCAGUGCAUCCUCGUCACCGACAGUCUCUCUGCCCAAUACAGUCCUGCAUGAGCCGGCCCCUCGCCAGCUCAUUACAGGGGCCCACACUGUCAGCGACGUUGUUUGUAUAUUCUGCGAGAGUGUCCUUGGCUGGAAGUAUGUCUCAGCCGAGGAAGAAUCACAACGCUACAAGGUGGGAAAGUUCAUCCUGGAGACUAGAAGGAUCACUGCAUCAUCGUGCUGGGAGUCUCCACCCAGCGUGCCCCCCCUUAUGUCUGAGGACUGUCAGCAGGAGGAAAAUGAAUCACAUAAUACCGAGGCCGAGUUUGAUAGUCAAGACGAGGAUGAGUGUGAGGAUCUGUUUGCAGGUAUAUGGAGCCCAGGGCUUGCCAAUCGUCGUCGAGGCCUCAAGAUUGACCGAAGAUCUGCCAUGCUCAGAAUAUCCUAA